AUGCAGUGGCGAUUGGACUGUCCACAAGUCAACUACGAGGACACCUGGACGCCGGAUUUGAUCUUUUUGCUGAGUGCCCCGGCCAGCAUUCCUGUUGUAUGGCUGUAUGACUAUGACGACGAUUACCAGUGUUACAGUAGCUACUCCAACUACCAAAGCAGGUGGCAUAGUUGCCAUGUUCGGGCUUGUACCGUUGCACGUGCUAUUGUUUUGCUGCCGUUGCCACUGACUCUUGGUCUUCCGUUCACACAGUCCUACGGGAACGUUUGCGAUCAUCUCCAGAUGCAGGAGAAGGUACAUGCGCGCAACUGCCUCUACAUGGUUACCGGGCUUGUCGGUCAUCACAAUAUCAAAGUCAUGUAUGUCAAGCUUUCAUUGCAGGUUCAGCAGAGCGAGUUUUCGAUCCAGUUGCAUUGUAAGAGGAAGGAAUCCGCUAAUUACACGGACCCAGGUCUGAAUGUUCAGGCGGAGUCAGCUUCAUUGGAGCUGGCAUUCCUGUGUUUGGCGAGAGGCAGAGCCAUCCAAGUGCUGACCCUCUCACAUCUUAAGAUGAUGUCUUCCUUGCCACCAAGAUGA